AUGCAAGUUGCCUACGAGGAGUUUGGGGAGCGGAAGGUCUUCGACCUCGUCGAGGGGGGCGGCGAGGUGCCCGUUCGCGCUUUCUUUGUGUUAGGCGCCAACCGCGCCGAGUACGUGCGGCUGUACACGCAGUACCUCCUCGUCGACUCGGUUGCGACGCAGUCGGACGCCUUCCUGCGCGGCUUCGAGUCGGCGAUCCAGCUCUUCCGGUGGGAGGAGCUCGAGCUGCUGCUGUGCGGCUCGCCAAAUCUCGACUUCGAGGCGCUGGAGCGGGUGACGCAGUACGACGACGGCUUCUCUUGUGACAGCCCGUGCAUCGCGCUGCUGUGGGAGGUGAUCCACGAGCUGCCGCUCGAGAUGAAGAAGAAGUUCCUCUUCUUUUGCACCGGCUCGGACCGGGUGCCAAUCAAGGGGCUCGGCAACCUCUCCUUCGUCAUCUCGCGCAACGGCUCCGACGAGGAGCGACUCCCGUCGGCACACACCUGCUUCAACCACCUGCUUCAACCACCUGCUGCUGCCCGAGUACACGACAAAGUCCAAGCUCAAGGCGCAGCUGCUCAAGGCGGUCUCGGACACCGAGGGCUUCCACAUCAUCUGACCGCCGGCCCGCGGCCGCAAAGCUCGAGUCGUGGAGGUGGAGAGCGCGCCGCGGUCCGUGAGAGGCCCGACACAAAAGAGCGGAGUCCGGCCCUCGAGAGAGGGCCGACGGGAAAAUCGUCGUUUGUUGAAUACUCCGUGUUGUCUGUUACACCCCCUAGUACAAAUCUGUGCCAACGUAGACUGCACAGACGCCCCUAUGCCGCAUGCCGGGCAGAAACCAGAAUGUGA